AUGACCGUGUUUCUGGGCAUAUACAGGGCCAUCUAUGACUACGAGCCGCAAACUCCAGAAGAACUGGCCAUCCAGGAAAAUGAUCUGUUGUACCUGCUACAAAAAUCAGACAUCGACGAUUGGUGGACGGUAAAGAGAAGAGUCAUUGGCUCCGACAGUGACGAGCCCGUGGGUCUAGUGCCCUCCACUUACAUAGAAGAGGCUCCCAUCUUAAAGAAAGUAAGAGCCAUUUACGAUUACGAACAGGUGCAAAAUGCGGACGAAGAAUUGACUUUUCACGAAAAUGAUGUUUUCAAUGUGCUCGAUGAUAAAGACCCGGACUGGCUGCUGGUGAAAUCUACUGUCUCGAACGAGUUUGGUUUCAUACCAGGUAACUACGUUGAAGUGGCAGACAACGCUGCUCCCAAGCAAGAAGCGGCCCCAACGGGAGCUCCUGCUGCCGCUCCUGCUGCUGGGCUACCCACCAGCUUUUUGCCGCCACCUCAACAUAUAGCACGUAAGCAACAAAUUGAACAAGACCAAACUCCAGAAGAGGAGGAAGAGGGUCCUCCUCCUGCCAUGCCCGCGAGACCAAGAGCCACUACUGAAACUACUGAAACCACCGCUAUGGCAGGUCCAGCUCAUAACAGAUUAUCUUAUAGCGAUGACGAUAACAACGAUGACGAAGAAGAAGAUUAUGACUACUAUAAUAGUAACAACAACAGUAACAGCGGUGCCAAUCGCGAAUACAACACAGAAUACCAUUCUUGGAAUGUCACAGAAAUUGAAGGCAGAAAAAAGAAAAAGGCCAAGCUAUCAAUUGGUAACAACAAAAUAAACUUUAUUCCUCAAAAGGGCGCUCCUCAUGAGUGGUCCAUUGAUAAGUUGGUCUCUUAUGAUAACGAGAAGAAACACAUGUUUCUAGAAUUUGUUGAUCCCUAUAGAAGUCUUGAGUUACAUACUGGUAACACUACCACGUGUGAAGAAAUCAUGAGCAUCAUUGGUGAGUAUAAAGGUGCUUCUCGCGACCCAGGCUUGAAAGAAGUCGAAAUGGCCUCCAAAUCCAAAAAAAGAGGUGUCGUGCAAUACGAUUUCUUGGCAGAAUCUCAAGACGAAUUAACCAUAAAGUCGGGCGAUAAGGUUUAUAUCCUAGAUGACAAAAAAUCGUCAGACUGGUGGAUGUGCCAAUUAAUCGAUUCGGGCAAGAGUGGUCUUGUUCCUGCGCAGUUUGUUGAACCUGUUCGUGAUAAGAAACAUACCGAAUCUACGGCUAGCGGUAUAAUCAAAUCCAUCAAGAAAAAUUUCACCAAAUCUCCUUCAAGAUCGAGAUCCAGAUCAAGAUCCAAAUCCAAUGCUAACGCCAGUUGGAAGGACGAUGAAUCUCAAAACGACGCUGCCCUCAGUACUAGCGGUGCAAGAUCAAGAAAGGGUUCGUUGUCCUCUCACAAGAAAAACUCGUCCACGGCGGGGACUAAAGAUUUCCCCAAUCCUAAGAAAUCCCGUUUAUGGGUUGACAGAAGUGGUACUUUCAAAGUAGAUGCCGAAUUCAUUGGGUGUGCCAAGGGUAAAAUCCAUUUGCAUAAGGCUAAUGGUGUCAAGAUUGCUGUGGCCGCUGAUAAGUUAUGUAAUGAGGAUCUGGCGUAUGUGGAGAAAAUCACGGGAUUUUCCCUUGAAAAGUUUAAAAUUCAUGAUGGUUCUAGUUCUCAUGGCACUGAUUCAAGGGACUCUGAAAGAGAAAGAAGAAGAAGAUUGAAGGAACAAGAAGAAAAGGAACGUGAUAGAAGAUUGAAGGAACGCGAAUUGUAUGAGUUAAAGAAAGCCAGAGAACUACUGGAUGAAGAAAGAGCAAGGCUGAAAGAAAAGGACCUGCCCCCAAUAAAACCGCCAAGACCAACCUCUUCUGUUUCCACUUCAAACACAACUUCCCAAUCGAUUACACAAAACAACAACAGUAAUGGCAACAAAUAUGACUGGUUUGAAUUUUUCUUGAACUGCGGUGUAGACGUAAGCAAUUGCCAAAGAUACACAAUAAAUUUUGAUAGAGAGCAAAUUACUGAAGAUAUGAUGCCCGAUGUCGAUAAUUCAAUGUUAAGAACUUUAGGUCUGCGUGAAGGUGAUAUUGUUAGAGUAAUGAAAUACCUUGAUAAGAAGUUUGGAAGAGAAAGUAAUAUAGCUGUUCCAACAAAUAUGACAGGCAAUAUGUUCUCACAACCUGAUGGUUCAUUGAACCCAGCCACAAGUGCUGAAACCUCUUUACCUCAACAACUAUUACCGCAAUCAACAGCCCCUAUAGCAACAGCCCCUUCUGCAUCAGCAGAGACCGAUGAUGCUUGGACUGUUAAGCCAGCCUCUAAAUCUGAAUCCAAUCUACUGUCUAAAAAAUCUGAAUUUACUGGUUCCAUGCAAGAUUUGUUGGACCUACAACCUUUAGAACCUAAAAAGACUUCGACCACGACACCAGAACCAAAUUUGAAAGACUUGCAACCUGUGAAAACUGGUGGCACUGCUGCUCCUGUUGCCAUUUCAUCCGCCCCUACUCCCGCUCCAUUAGAUCCAUUCAAGACUGGUGGUAAUAACAUCUUACCAUUGUCCACUGGCUACGUGAUGAUGCCUAUGAUCACCGGGGGUGCAAUGCUACCUAUGCAAAGAACCGGUGGCUUCGUUGUACCACAAACCACUUUUGGUAUGCAGCAACAAGUCACUGGAGGUAUAUUGCCUGUUCAAAAGACAAGUAAUGGGUUAAUCGCCAUCUCCAAUACUGGAGGUGCUAUGAUGCCACAAACCACUUUUGGCACAACACCCACUAUUUUACCUUUACAGAAGACGGGAGGUGGUCUAAUACCAAUUACUACAGGAGGAGCACAAUUGCCACAGACUUCAUUCAACAUUCAAAUGCAACAACCACUUCCAACAGGCACAAUAUUGCCUGUUCAAAAAACGGCUAACGGGUUAAUUUCAACCAAUACUGGUAUUUCAAUGCCGCCUUUACAAAGGACUGGUGGUACUAUGAUAGCACAACCUCAAAUUACGGGUGGUGCUAUGAUGCCACAAACAUCAUUUGGUGUUUCGCAACAAUUUACUGGUAAUGCAAUGAUGGCCCAACCUCAAAGAACAGGUGGUGCCUUAAAUACAUUCAACACCGGUGGUGCCUUAAAUACAUUCAACACCGGUGGUGCCUUGAAUACAUUUAACACCGGUGCUAUGAUGCCACAAACAUCAUUCAAUGCUCAACCUCAAAUCACAGGUGGAUUCCAGCCCCAAUCUCAGUUCGGUUUAACGUUACAGAAAACGGGCGGUAUUGCACCAUUAAACCAGAAUCAAUUCACAGGUGGAGCCAUGAGUACUUUCAACGUCGGAGGUGCUAUGCAACAACAACCACAACAACCCCAAAUGAUGACUACUUUCAAUACCGGCAAUGCUAUGCAACAACCCCAAAUGAUGAACACCUUCAAUACUGGUGGCGCUAUGCAACAGCCACAAAUGAUGAACACUUUCAAUACUGGUGGUGCUAUGCAGCAGCCACAAAUGAUGAACACUUUCAAUACCGGCGGCGCUAUGCAACAGCCACAGGUGAUGAGUACAUUUAACACGGGAGGUGCUAUGCAACAACCCCAACAGCAAGCAUUACAGAACCAACCUACUGGAUUUGGGUUUGGUAAUGGCCCUCCACAAUCAAGACAAGCUAACAUAUUCAAUGCAACUGCAUCAAAUCCCUUUGGAUUCUAA